CUCAUCCUCAUCCUCAUCCUCGUCCUCGUCCUCGUCCUCGUUUCCGCUCCUGCGACCACAGAGGUACGUCCUGACCGUCCUACCGCUGUUCUGAUUCGCGGGGGUUUUUUUUUCUUCGCCGGUUAGUUUUGUAUGGAUGGGGCGGCGCUGAUUGCGUGCACAGGACCACGCGUUCGUGACUAGUAGCUUCGAGACCGCGCCCGAGUGGGUCACGUCGGACAUGCUCCGCGUCCCAGAGUCGCGCGCCGCCGAGAUGGACCUGUACCUGAAGAAGAAAGAAGGCCAGUUCUCGUCCGCGCACUCGCCGUACGCGUUCAUCCCGCUGCGCACAUUCUGCGCGCCCGAGGAGAUCGCGACGAUGAAGAGCGCGCUGGUGGACGACCCGCUGUACGCGAGCACCGCCGCGCUCCGCAAGCAGGGGGCCCUCCUCGACGCGUGGUUCGACGACCCCGAAUGCGCCCAGAUCGAGAUGAUCCAGAGCCCGGCGAUGUUCCCCGGCGCGGGCGCGACCGAGCCCGGGAAGAAAUACCAAACGCUCGUCUCGUGCAGCAUGCACCCCCUCUCGCGCGGGCGCGUGCACCUGCAGUCCCCGGACCCGCUCGCCGCGCCGGCCAUCGACCCCGCGUACCUCGCGCACCCGAUCGACCUGCGCGUGCUCGUGCGCGCCGCGCAGUUCGCGCGCACGGCCGCGCGCACGGCGCCGCUCGCGGACACGGUCGUGCGGAUGGUCGAGCCGGGCCCCGAGGUGCAGAGCGACGCGGAGUGGGAGGCGUACGUCCGCCGGAAGCUGUCGCCCGUGUGGCACCCCGUCGGGACGGCGGCGAUGCUCCCGCGGGAGGACGGCGGGGUGGUGGACCCGCGGCUCGUCGUGUACGGCACGCGCAACCUCCGCAUCGUGGACGCGUCGAUACUCCCCUUUGAGCUGUCGUGCCACAUCCAGACGACCGUGUACGCGCUCGCCGAAAAGGCCGCGGAUCUCAUCAAGGGCGUCUGAUGCACCCGCGCGAAUCAUCGCACGGUGGAGCUUGGUAUGUGAAUAGUGUGUCCCAGAAGAUGAUGCGGUGUACGAUAAGAGGUGGGGCUUCCGUGUGGUCGGCAUCAGCAUCAGAAUCAGAGUCAGAGUCGGCGGUGUAUGUAGUAGACAGGGUGUUCCUUCUUCGAGUGUAUAGUAUCGAUGCGCUUUGCUCCGUGAUGGACCGCUGCAAGGCCUAUUGUAUUCAGCAGUGGCCUCACGGCCCCACACACGUUU